UCAGCGCUGAAAUAGAUGAGGGAAUGUCAAACUUGUUGCCGAUAGCCGGAGGUCAACACAUCUGACACAAGGAUAGAUGAGAAAACCUUUCUGCAGACCGAAGCAUUUGAUCGAAUAGCAUGGAUUGCGCGGACUGCACGGACAAUAUUCAAGAAAAGGACGUUUAAAUCCUUUGGAGCACGCAUUUCAUACUGUGACAACAAAAGGAACCGUCGGCUCUCCAGUUUCUAAGGCGCGCGCACACGGCAGUGCAUUGAGUCUACGCUUUUCUCACAGGACCAAACGAACGCGCAAAGUUCUAUUUUUCGGACUACACAAUUAAUGCAUUAAUCUUUUUUUUUUGAAUGCAUUUGAUUUUUUAUUGAAAAUAGUGCGCGCGCUCAUUACAUUGGAAACGUGAAAAUGGGACAUGAGCUCCGUUUGCACCCCUUUGGAUAUGUGUUAAAGGAUUCGGGAACGUUAUGCAAAGAUUAAUAAUGUAAACGAGGACUUUCGUUUAAGAUGCGCGUUUACCAGAACCGUUGCAUUGAAGGCACAUUCAGGUUUUUGUGCGUCUUGGAUAUAAAGCCGUGCGUUUUUAUGUUGGAUUUGAGGUAGUUCCAGUUAACGUCAUCUAAUAUCUUACUUUCACAUCAUUAAAUAUUUACGCAGUAUUAUUAUAACAUAUAUGCAUGUGAAAUGAAAAUCAUCAUUUUUUCGGCAGUAAUGUUAUUAUAAUUAUUGUUAUUGUAAUUUUUUUUCAAAUUGGCUCUUACCAUGGGCCCCUUGUUAAGAAAAUACACAAGAAAAAAUUACUCUGUGGAAGUACAUAAAAUGGACUGUAUUUUUGCAAAGGAUUGUUUUUAAUUUUUUAAACUUGCUGUGAAAAACCACCUUAAACAAAGGAAUCCAAGUCCAGUGUUGAAAAUGAACUCUAAUUAUAACAGCGCUGGAUUUCAUAUGAAAGGGCCGUCGGUAGCCGUGGAGCCGAUGAUGGGCCCCCUAAAUGAAUCCCCCAUGCAGGGACUCAACUUUAUGUCGAACAGAGACCAGUAUGGAUUCCAGACUCAUGGCCAUGAGGAUAUGCUUGGUAUGGGAGUUCAGCCACAACAUCAACUCCACAUGCAAGGACCAUUCAACCAUCAACCACCUAACCACGAGCAGAAUUCACAUCUGUACCAGGACAACGUCCCCUCCUGCCUGCAUGGGGACAGACACAUGGGCUUUAACAACACCAAUGCAGGUCACCCACACAUGUUUGAAGGAGGAUAUGGUCAGCAGCUAGCAGAAGCACAGACACGGGAGUGCAUCUCGCAGCAGCAGCAGCAACAGAGAAUGGCUGCAAUGCCCGAGUUUCAGCCUCACCAUAACGGCAACCACGCGGUUCCAGCACCAUGCCUGCCCCUGGACCAGUCGCCUAACCGCGCCGCUUCAUUCCACGGCCUGCCUUCCUCAUCCCCCGAAACGCACAGACUUGAACAUUACAGGCUUUUCCCACAGGGCAGGAUGGGGGGAUCAGAGCAUUGUUUUCCCUGUGAUCCUCUGUCAGGGAAUUUUGAUAUGGCUGGAUUCUCUACCGCCGAGUCGUCGGAGCCCAAACUUUCCUAUUGUGAGACAGGGAACCAAGUGGUCGGGGGUCCUUUUUCUACCUGUAAUCGCUCUCGGGGGCCUGUGAUGGGCGGCUCUAAAGGCGACCAGCAGCUACCUCAGCAAAAUGUAUUUUCUGACAGAUUUGGCAACAGGGCGAAAAUGGAUCCAGGGGUUAACGCUAGACACCACCUCGUAGUGCAGCAAAGAAGCGGACCUGUUGAUAGGCAAAACUCCGCUUCCCCUGCCCUUCCUCGGUUUUAUCACAAUCCCGAUUACGUACCCAACAAUACGGACAUUCAGGGCCCUAUGGUGCACGUACAACACGGCCACAUGGAUCGGCCUAUACACAGACUGAACAGCCAUAACAUACAUCCCUUCGGGGAGCCAGUGUUUGAUGUCCCUCAGCUCGCACCUCAACCCCCCCACCACCCUCACCUUAGCUCUCUGCCUUAUUUAAAUAUGGCUAAAAGGCCACGGUUUGAUCUCCCAAACGGCUCUGCUGGAGAGAGCUGCAGCCCCCUAACCAACGGCUUACAUAAUCGCCCUGGUCUUGAGAACCAUCUCUCCCCUUCUGCUUUUCCUUCUCCCAUGGGGGACUUCGCAUCUCACGUGACGGAUGGCUUUCCAUCAGGCCCCUUACCCCUGAGCUCUGGCCCAGAGCAACAACAACAGCCACUGCAGCAGCGGCAAAAUGCGGCGAUGAUGAUUAAACAAAUGGCAUCAAGGAGCCAGCAGCAAAGAAUGAGGCAACCCGACCUGCAGCAGUUAAGUCUCCAUGGGAAUGUGACAUCAAACGGAAUGGGCUGCAGAGGGCCUCUGGGUAAUGUGUCUCAGUCAAAUUUCGAGAAAAAGCAUAAUUUUCAUGGAAACUUUGACAGUCCCCAUCUACCUCAAGAAAACUCAUGGUUUCCUGAGCCACAGCAACAGCAUUGUAGAGAAACAAACGCUCAUGCCUUGGAGCAGACAGACAAUGGACACAACAUUAUUUUUAGACAAAGUGUCACAAGCAUGGACAUGCAGUCUUUGAAUUCCCCAGGAGCACAUCAUCCGUUUGAAAAUAAUGUCAGCAAUCCUCUGCAGAUGCAGUCUCCCGAUGAGGGCAACAUGCAGUCGGGUGCACCCGCGGACAGGAGGCCGGCCGAAUUUGGAGGAAUGGCUAUGAGGAGGCAACAUAGCUUCCCUCCUGGAGGGCCAAAUCAACAGGGAGCCCCCCAAAGCAAUCCACCAGGAUUUAGCUCCUCUCCAGGGAACUAUUCCGCCCAUCCUGAGUACCUCUCCAGCCAGCACCUGUCAGUCAAUAAGCUUGGGGCCCUCUCUUUGGGGAGUUUGAACAAAGGCAGUACAAAAGACAGUGUGUUUGGCCAAAGCUGUCUGGCAGCCCUUUCCACGGCCUGCCAGAAUAUGAUCGCCAGCCUUGGGGCCCCAAACCUCAAUGUGACUUUUAAUAAGAAAAGCCAAAACGAGGCCAAACGCAAAGCAGGUCAGGUUGAGCAGGACAUAAAUAGCAGUGGCAGUAGUGGAGCUUGCGGCCCAGGGGCAGAGUAUUUCCAGAGCAAUGCUUCUCAGAAUAGUCAAACGCCUUGCUCUGGGAAUAACAACAAUACGACGGCGGGUCAAAAUGGUACGGGCCAGAUGGCGAAAAGGGAAGCUAGCACCCUUUCCCCAAACAACAACAUGGAGUCUGGAUGUGAGGGGAAAAUGGCAACAGGCAACAGCAAAGGGAGGGGGAAGAAAAGACGUGAUAGCGGGCACAUAAGUCCCGGAAACUUCUCCCCUCAGUGUAGCAGUAACCCUGUUGUCAGCCCAAGUCAGCAAGGUUCCGCUUUGAGCAUGGGCAUAGAGAGCAGAGGUAAAACUCCAGAGAGGGCCCUGGUCUCCCCUUCCUUUGGAAAACCUGACCUUGCAACUUCAAUGGACAGCGGAAUUCAAAGCGUAGGCAAAUCGGAUGGCGUUUCCCCCUGCAUGGAUUAUUUAGAUGAAGCGAGCCCAAACUACAACAGCGAGGAUGCGCGACCCUGCAGAGCCGGUGUUAAGUGUAACUCUGAAAACAGGGCUGGCUACAGCGAUGCUCCGUGCAUGGAACAGGUGCGAACGCCAUUGAGCAGCUCCGGCCAGGACGAGGUACAUCCUCUAGAGAUUUUACAGGCUCAGAUCCAGCUGCAAAGACAGCAGUUCAGCAUCUCUGAGGACCAGCCACUGGGAGGGAAAACAGGCAAGACGGCUGACUGCCAGACUGGACUAAAUGGAGAGUGUGCCAUGGCCAAUUCUAGCCCGGUUGCAGGCAAGGGCUCUGUGAAUACCAUUGACCUUGACUCUCUCAUGACAGAGCAGCAUGCCACCUGGUAUGUCCCCGGCAACAAGCCUCUGAUAGAGGAGCCCGCUAAUGACAAGUGCCUGGGAUUCUGGGAUAGAGCACGAGGCCAGAGUGACAACAAAGAAGGACAUGGUUAGACGCACCAUCAGACGGCCAGAAGUGGCUCUUUAGCGUAUCACUUAAAAAGGUGCUGCACGAUGUCGAUGUGGGGAUGGGGGAGGAACCCAGAGGGAAGCCACCCGCGGUGCCCUGAUUCUCGGGACCGGGGGGUGGAGGGCCCCCCGCAGUUUCUCUCGCUUCCAGAUGCGACCCGAACUCAUCCAGAACAACUCCAACCACUUUGAGACCUUGCUGGCUGCUUUCUCAAACUGUAAGGACAGUGGUCGACUUGGUGUAUUCCAGCAGUAAUUGGAUAUCUCCAAUUUUUUUUAAACUAGCACUAGAGAAACCACAAUCCUCUCGCCGGGUGUCUGUUUGGGCCAACAACGAAAUCUUUUUAGAUUCACAGGAGAGAAGAGACAAUGGGAUUCAGGAAAUACACAAGCACACCAGACUGGAAUCUUGGACAGCGACGCUCGGUUGCUUUUAGUGUAUUUUUAUCUCCUAAAAACCGUUGUUCCGUCUUUGUUUGGAUUACCUCAUAUUUUUGUAACUUGACUUCCGAGUGAGGGUUAGAUUAGAUGCUAAGAGAGUGCUGCUCUCUUUAUAAAUAUUUAUUCUCUCUGUUUGUUCGGCAAAGCUUCUUUAUUUGUAAUCGGAACAUUUCAGAGGUCUUCUAUUGACGGAUAAAUGCGACUCUUCCCCCUCCAAUCCCCAUCGCCGUUCCAUCUGUUACAGAUAACUUUUUUGUGUUAUUGCCAUUUUUGUUUUUAUCUCGUUUUUUGUUUAAACCUCGAGAAUUCUGACGGCGAGAGACAGAAUUCCUUCACACGAGAGGACGGCAGCGCAUCAUAAAGCUUCCCUUUCUGUCCGAGGUCUCGAGCAGCAGUCUCCAUGUCUGUGGUGGGUCAACCUUUUGACUUUUAAAGGCCAGUGGGGGUUCUCUCCUCUCCCUACUGUUUUUGGAAAUUUGAUAUUCACCCUGAGAACAUCCCUUUGUGACCCUGCCCGGCCAGCAUCGGAAUGCCAUUGUUUCAAGUCGAAACUCUGCUUUGCCUGGGUUUUCCCUCCUUACCCAGCCUCCAUUGAGACCCUGAGCUUCCCUCUGCCUUUAAACCAACUGAUGGUGAAUAUGUUUAGUUGGAAUUGGCAGGCUAUUCAAGCGAGGACAAUGGUUCCUGACAAAAGACUUUCCUUUUAAGAAAAUAGGUUUUCUUUUGGGGAGAAAAAUGUCUUUAACCAUUUUUUUUGGUCGUCGACACCUCUCCGUUUUCUUGUGCUACCUCUUUUCUUCAUUUUUCUCUCAUUAUUGUGAUAUACACGAAGCUUAAAGUGAAGUUAUUUGUGUCCGCAGAUUUUUUUGUGUAAAUAACCUGUAUAUUAUGGAUCAGUUAUUAACAAU